UCUUCUUUUUUCUUCUUCUUCUUCUUCUUCUUCUUCCACCAUUGUUCGAAUUCGAAGCUCAAAACAAUAUAACAGAAUCAACGUUACAUACUCAUUUCUUCUCUCUUAGCAUUAGUUCACCUUCGCAUGGACGAUGGAUCCACAACUCAAACCCCAAACCCUAAACUCCACCAGUUUAUUCCUUGCUGCCACAACAGCCACCACUCAUUCCGAACAACCACCACAUUCACUCUCCCUCACCACCGUUCCUUCCACCGUACCACGCUCCAAGCUCAUCCCAAACACUCGCUUCCUCGUCGACGCCUUCCGCCACGCCGACACAGCAUUCUCCGUCUCCUACUUCCUCUCUCACUUCCACUCCGAUCACUACACUGGUCUCUCCAAUUCUUGGUCCCGCGGCAUUGUCUUCUGCUCCGCCACCACCGCCUCCCUCCUCCAACGAAUCCUCGGAGUCCCCGAACGCUUCCUUGUACCCCUUCCCCUUUGCCAGCCCGUUGAAAUCGACGGCGCGGAGGUCACGCUGGUCGACGCGAACCACUGCCCUGGCGCGGUCCAGUUCCUAUUCAAGGUCCCAACAAAAGAAGAAGGGAAGAAAUUCGAGAGGUAUGUUCACACUGGCGAUUUCAGGUUUUGUAAUUCAAUGAUUUUGGAGCCUGCAAUUCUUGAUUUCGUUGGCUGUGAUGCUGUGUUCUUGGAUACUACUUAUUGCAACCCAAAGUUUGUGUUUCCUUCGCAAGAGGAGAGUGUUGAUUAUGUGGUUAGUGUAGUCAAGAGGGUUAUUAGUGAUUGUGGUGGUGAUGGUAGUGGUGUUUUGUUUCUUGUUGCUACUUAUGUUAUUGGGAAGGAAAAGAUUUUGGUUGAACUUGCACGGAGAGUGAAGAGGAAGGUGCAUGUGGAUGCUAGGAAAAUGGAGGUCUUGAGGGUGCUUGGGUAUGGAGAGAGUGGUGUGUUUACCGAGGACAGUUCAGAGAGUAAUAUUCAUGUUGUUGGCUGGAAUGUAUUGGGGGAGACAUGGCCGUAUUUUAAGCCGAAUUUCGUAAGGAUGAAGGAGAUUAUGAUUGAGAGAGGGUACUCCAAGGUUGUGGGAUUUGUGCCAACCGGAUGGACUUAUGAAGUAAAGUGCAAUAGGUUCCCAGUGAGGUCCAAGGAUUCGUUUGAGAUUCAUCUCGUGCCGUAUAGCGAGCAUUCCAACUACGAGGAGCUCAGGGAGUAUGUGAAGUUUUUGAAGCCAAGGCGUGUUGUUCCGACAGUGGGUUUGGAUGUUGAGAAAAGCGACAGUAAGCAUGCUGACAAAAUGAGGAAGUAUUUUGCUUUAUUGGUUGAUGAGACGGCCAACAAGCAUGAAUUUCUAAAGGGAUUUCACCGUGCCACAGGCGACACAGAUUUCUUGGUUGAGAAGGAUGUUAAUGAUGGUCAGAAGCCAGGAAAAAACAUGGAGGAAGGAAUCAAGCCAUCUGAGUUGGAUGGUGAGGAAAGUACAAUUCCGGAUGUUGCUGCUAGUGUGCCCUCUUCUACCGGGGAACCGUGUACAGAAGGUGUUACCUUACUAACUGAUGAAGAAAAAAAGAAAAUGAUUGAAGAACUUGGUAAUUGUUUGCCGACAUGGGUCACUCGAAGCCAAAUGUUAGAGCUGAUCAGCAUCUCAGGGAGCAAUGUUGUUGAAGCUGCUUCUAAUUUUUAUGAACGUGAAACUGAAUUUCACAAGCAAGCGUUUUCUUGUCAAACUUCUUCUUUGGUGUCCAAGUGCAGCUCGCUAAAUGACAUAGAUUCUCCUUCAAAAGCUUGCCUGAAUUCAAGCAGCACUACCAAAAAUAUCGAUGUUUUUCCAAGCCAGGACUCUACUAAACUAACUAUCUUGAAGCAUACAGUUCUAAGUCAAGCUUCCUCUGCCAAAAGGAAUAAAAGUAGUGGAAGUAAGCCAAACAAGAAAGUAAAAGUCAAAGCAAAGUCACAGUCACAAUCAAGUGAUCCAAAGCAGUCCACCAUAACAAAAUUCUUCAGCAAAGUAUUGCCUGUGAAGCCUAGUGUUGCUCAGUCUGAUCGUUCUGAAUUGAUGAUUGGCGUAAGCCCUAAAGCCAAAAAUAUGUUGCCAGAUGAUGUUGGAAAUCAGUACAAGGAUGAGAUUGAUCAGUUAACUAUAAUUGAGAAGGCAAAAGGAGAUGUAAAUAAGGCAUUGGAUAUAUAUUACUGUAAUUCUGGAAAUCUUGGUGAAAAGGAAAUUUCAGUUCAAGCAGAGUGUAAAAUUGAUAGCUCUUUAGAGAAGAAUUGUGUGUUACAUGAAUUGAAAGGUAUUCCUGACACCACUAUGAAGAGAAAUCAUGUAACUCUACCACUUGAGAAAUACAAUCCUAAAGAGCAUGCGUGUUGGAAAGAUGGGCAGCCUGCACCAUAUUUACAUCUUGCACGAACCUUCAGCCUUCUGGAGGAUGAGAAAGGAAAGAUUAAGGCUUCUUCAAUGAUAUGCAAUACGUUCCGAAGUUUGCUGGCCUUGUCUCCAGCAGAUGUGCUGCCUGCUGUGUACCUAUGUACAAACAAAAUUGCGGCAGACCAUGAAAAAAUGGAACUAAACAUUGGUGGAAGUAUAGUUACUGCAGCACUUGAAGAGGCAUGCGGAACAAAUCGAUCCAAAAUAAGGGAGAUGUAUAACAAAUUUGGCGAUCUUGGUGAUGUUGCUCAAGAGUGUCGUCAAACACAGAGAUUGCUUGCACCACCAACACCACUUCUGAUUAAGGAUGUUUUCUCUGCACUGCAAAAGAUAAGUUUACAAACAGGCCAUGGAAGCACAUCUCGGAAGAAAGGCAUUAUCAUUAGUCUCAUGCGUUCCUGUCGUGAGAAGGAGAUUAAAUUUCUUGUUCGGACCUUGGUCAGGAACUUAAGGAUUGGGGCAAUGCUUAGAACUGUUUUACCUGUCCUUUCUGUGGAAAUUGUUGAAGCAUAUAACAUAAUUCCGAAUUUGGAUCUCAUAGUUCCAUCUCUCAUGAACAAAGGAAUUGAUUUUUCGGUUUCAAGUUUGUCAAUGGUUCCUGGAAUUCCUAUUAAGCCUAUGCUUGCAACGAUCACCAAUGGCAUUCCCAAAGCAUUGAACCUAUUUCAAAAUAAGGCAUUUACUUGUGAAUAUAAGUAUGAUGGUCAGCGAGCUCAAAUUCACAGAUUAAUUGAUGGAUCAAUUCGUGUUUUUUCAAGAAAUGGAGAUGAAUCAACAUCAAGAUUUCCUGAUCUUAUUGACAUAAUUAAGGAAUUCUGCAAGCCUGUUGCAUCGACUUUCAUAAUUGAUGCUGAAGUUGUUGGUAUUGAUAGAAAAAAUGGAAUUAGGAUUAUGUCUUUCCAGGAGCUAUCUUCACGUGGUAAAGGAAGCAAAGAUACUCUAGUUACUACAGAGAGCAUAAAGGUGGAUAUUUGCAUAUUUGUCUUUGAUAUCAUGUUUGCAAAUGGAGAGCAGCUAUUGGGUUUUCCUCUUCGCACAAGACGGAAAUAUCUAAAGGAUUUGUUAUGUGAUGAAAAACCAGGGUAUUUUGAAUAUGCAAAGGAAAUAACAAUUGAAGCAGACAAGGCUUGCGAAACUUGUAAAACCACAUUAACCAAGAUAAAUGCUUUCUUGGAAGAUGCUCUUCGUUCUUCCUGUGAAGGAAUUAUGGUGAAAACAUUGGAUGUAGAUGCUGGUUAUUCUCCGUCAAAGCGUUCUGAUAAAUGGUUAAAGGUCAAACGAGAUUAUGUCGAAGGUUUAAAUGAUUCUCUUGAUUUGGUGCCCAUUGGAGCUUGGCAUGGAAAUGGAAGGAAGGCCGGAUGGUAUAGUCCAUUUCUCAUGGCAUGUUAUAAUCCUGAAACUGAGGAAUAUCAAAGCGUGUGCCGUGUGAUGUCUGGGUUCUCAGAUUCGUUUUACAAAGAGAUGAAAGAAUUCUUCUCUGAGGACAACGUCUUAUCCAAAAAGCCGCUGUAUUAUCGAACAGCAGAGGAGCCCGACAUGUGGUUUUGUCCGCAACUUGUUUGGGAGAUACGAGGUGCAGACUUCACGGUGUCCCCUGUUCAUCAUGCAGCGAUCGGUUUAAUUCAUCCGACUCGGGGCAUCUCAAUACGGUUUCCGAGAUUUAUUAGCCGUGUGUUGGAUAGGAACCCAGAAGAGUGUACUACAGCAGCAGAUAUUGUUGAUUUGUUUAAUUCUCAGACAAGGAAGAUGGAUGUCACAGCUGAAGAUUGAAUGUUGGUUUUGUUUUCUGUGUAUAUAUGAUGGUUCUUGAUGUAUAGAUGAUUUCUAGGUUCAGCUUUAUAAAAUGUGUCAACGUUUAGUUUGUAGAAAGAUUCUUAACCAGUAAUCUCUUUGCUUUUUGGUAUUUUACAUAAUACUACUA